AUGACGACGGCGGUGUACGACGACGUGGUUGAGGUGCUCGUGAAAGUUGUAGGCGUCGACGUUGUGUGCGUUGCUGAAACCGUGCUAGAAGAUCGGGUGCUGGAUGUGCUGGAUGUCAGAGUUUGGCUGCUCGAGCUCUUGCUCGUUGAAGUGGACGUGCUUGAGAGGCUUGUGCUAGACGUUCUUGUUGCUGAAGUGCUGGUGGUGGAUGUCGACGAGCUGCUGCUGAGGCUGCUUGAACUGCUGCUCGUGCUUGAGAUGCUGCUGGAAGUCGAAGUGUGGCUGGUACUGCUGCUGGACCUGGAAGUGGUUGUCGUGGAUGUGCUCGCCGUGCUGGUGGAACUGGAUGUGCUUGAUGUACUCGUGCUAGAUGUUUCUGUUGAAGAAGUGCGACUGGUGGAUGUCGAUGAGCUGCUGCUGAUACUACUGGAGCUGCUCCUUGUUUGUGAUGUGCUGCUGGAACUGAAGGUGAGGCUGGUACUGCUGCUGGACCUGGAAGUGGUUGUCGUGGAUGUGCUUGUAGCAGUGGUGGAACUCGAUGUGCUUGAAGUACUCGUGCUAUACGUUACUGUUGAGGACGUACUGCUAGAGGAAGUGGUGCUGGUGGAUGUCGAGGAGCUGCUGCUGAUUGUGCUUGAGCUGCUGUGUGUUUGCGAGGUGCUGCUGGAACUAGCAGUGUGGCUGGUACUGCUGCUGGAACUGGAAAGGGUUGUCGUCGACGUGCUUGCCGUUUCGGUAGAGCUGGACGUGCUUGACAUACUCGUGCUUGAUGUUCUGGUCGUCGAAGUACUGCUGGCAGAUGUCGAUGAGCUGCUGCUAACGCUGCUUGAACUGCUGCUCGUGCUUGAGGUGCUGCUGGAAGUGGAAGUGUGGGUAGUACUGCUGCUGGACCUGGAUGUGGUUGUCGUGGAUGUGCUUGUCGUGCUGGUGGGGCUGGAUGUACUUGACAUACUGGUGCUAGACGUUCUUGUUGCUGAAGUGCUGGUGGUGGAUGUCGACGAGCUGCUGCUGAGGCUGCUUGAACUGCUGCUCGUGCUUGAGGUGCUGCGGGAAGUGGAAGUGUGGCUUGUACUGCUGCUGGACCUGGAAGUGGUUGUCGUGGAUGUGCUCGCCGUGCUGGUGGAACUGGAUGUGCUUGAUGUACUCGUGCUAGAUGUGAGGCUGGUACUGCUGCUGGACCUGGAAGUGGUUGUCGUGGACGUGCUGGUGAUGGUAGUGGAGCUAGACGUGCUUGACGAGCUUGUGCUGAACGUUGCAGUUGUUGAAGUACUCCUGGUGGAUGUCGACGAACUGCUGCUGACGCUGGUUGAGCUGCUUCUUGUGCUUGAAGAGCUGCUCGAUGUCGAGGUCGUUGAGCUACUGCUGAUAGAUGUCGUGGAGCUGCUGCUGCUACUGCUGGAGCUGGUGCUCGUCAGCGAGCUGCUGCUUGAAGUGGAGCUCUGGCUGCUCGAGCUGGACGUGGUGCUUUCGGUGUGUGUCGUCGAGGUCGUGGUGACCCAAAACGACCAGAGGUCACGUCUGAGGAAGCCAUCAUUCCCACCGUGCAGCCAAAGCAAGCGGCUGCUGGCAUCCCAGACUGCCGCAUGGCCCGACCUCGGCGAAGACGAGCGCCCUGACGGUGUGCCGCUGGGUACCAUCUCCUGCCAUCCGUGGGCAUUGGAGUUGUACCUCCACAAGUCCGACAGGUCCAGCAUCGUCAAACUCGAGUGUCCACGCAUCGGAUUGGAUCCCAACCCGCCGCAUGUGCAGCGCGAGCUGCCGGUUGCUUCCUCCGUGGAUCAACAGCACCUGCCUCGCUUCAUCCCAGGCUCCAAUAUGCUCGGACCGUGCUGCGGGGCGGACAAG